UUCUAGCAACACCAAUAUUCUUCCAAUCUUAUUCUUAAUUUUUCAACAUCACCAUGAAGAACAAGGAGCAACAAGACAAAAGUGCAUCCUCAUAUCUGAAACUCUUCAGUGCUCAAUUAGACCUUCUCAGCUUCAUUUCCCAUGCUCUAGUAUUUGGGUGUGGUUUACUCAUUGGUAUCUCACUCAUUUUCUUUGUCAAGAACUUCUCCCUCACCAACUUUCAAAUCCAACAAUUCCCCCUCUUAUCAUCCAAUAGCCUCAUGAUGAGAUCACCACCUUUCUCUCCCUCUCCCGAGUUUCCUCCAAUCUCCUCCAACAUCUCAUUAUUAAUAUCGAAUAACCAAACAAAAAAUGAAUCUGGGUACGUCGAGGAAUUAGUCUCUCACCAUCAGAUAUCAGAUACUCCAUGUUCAUCCAAAGAAAAUAACCAAACCAAACCUUCUUCUGAUGAUGAUUCUCCCUUGAUAAGCAAAAGGGUAACGACCAACUUCACCAGAAUUGGGUUGAGGGAAUUCUUGGAGCCCCCCAUGGCCAUGCAUGAUAUGAGUGAUGAAGAGUUGUUGUGGAGAGCCUCCAUGGUUCACAUGGUUCGUAAACUGCCAUUCAAACAGACACCAAAGGUUGCAUUUAUGUUUCUGACAAAAGGUGCUGUGCUAUUGGCUCCUCUAUGGGAAAGAUUCUUCAAAGGAAAUGAAGGGUUGUAUUCUAUCUACGUCCAUUCUCACCCUUCUUUCGAUGGAACAGUGCCUGAAAGCUCUGUGUUUCAUGGCCGCAAUAUCCCCAGCAAGGAGGUAAAGUGGGGUGAGAAUAGCAUGAUAGAGGCAGAGAGACGCCUACUAGCCAAUGCACUCCUUGAUUACUCCAACCAACGUUUUGUGUUACUCUCAGAGUCAUGCAUCCCUUUGUUUAAUUUCUCCACAAUCUACACUUACCUAAUGGACUCAACCGAAACCUUUGUGGAGGCCUAUGAUCUGCCAGGUGACGUGGGCCGUGGCAGGUAUAGCCCCAAAAUGAGGCCCCAAAUUACACUCUCACAAUGGAGAAAGGGCUCCCAAUGGUUUCAAAUAAACCGUUUUCUUGCCCUACAAAUAGUCUCUGACGAUCGUUAUUUCCCAGUGUUCCAAAAGCACUGCAAACCUAGUUGCUAUAGUGAUGAACACUACUUGCCAACAUUUGUGAGUAUCAAAUUUUGGAAGAAGAACUCUAACAGGACUUUGACAUGGGUUGAUUGGAAAAAGGGUGGAGCUCAUCCUUCUAGGUAUAACAGAUAUGAUGUGACUUAUGAAUUUUUGAACAAGUUAAGGUAUGGAAGCUCUUGUGAGUACAAUGGACAUGCCACCAAUGUUUGUCAUUUGUUUGCUAGGAAAUUCACACCUCAUGCUUUGGAUAGACUCCUGAGAUUUGCUCCAAAGCUCAUGCAAUUCAAUUGAUUUGUUUCUGCAUGCUCUUUUUGAUUGUUCAUAUUCAUAUCUGUUAUUAUUUAUUUUUGGACUCCGCAACAUCAUAUAUUAAUAUUUAUUAUAUGUAACUAUUAGAGUUGACUUAGUAACAAAGGGUGUAGUUUUUGAUAAAAGAAAUUCAUUUAUAUAUAAAAUA